GUUUUAGCUCAACCGUCCAACCCCAUGGAAAUCCCCCCCAGCUCCGCCCCGGCCGGCGCCGGCGGCGCGGUCGCCCCCGCAACCCCGGCCUCCUCCUCGAACCCAUCCCCGCCGCCCAAGCGUCCCAGCAUCACGCUCCGCCUCCUCUGCCCCUCCUCCCGCGCCGCCGCCCUCCGUCCCGCGCGCGACCUCCACGUGGAGCACCCCCCCGUGGGGGACGAGGCCGUGCUCGUCGUAUCCGGGCCUGAUGCGCCGGCCGCGGCGGUGAGGGUGUGGGAGCGGGUGGUGGGCCACAGUAUCGGAGGCGACGAGGCGGGGGAGGAGGGGGAGGAGAAGGAGGUGGCCGGCGUCGUGGGCUGCCGGAUGCUGGCGGCCGGGGGGCAGGUGGGCUGCGUGCUGGGGAAGGGCGGGAAGACGGUGGAGCGGAUGCGGCUGGAGAGCGGCGCCCAGAUCAGGGUCUUCCGGAACAGGGAGCAGGUGCCCCCCUGCGCCUUGCAGGGGGACGAGCUCAUCCAUAUAAGUGGGAGCUUUUCUGCAGCAAAGAAAGCACUUUUAUUGGUUUCAACCUGCCUCCAAGAUAAUCCUAGGCCAGACACAAGCAAUUUUCCAUCUGGAAGACCAUUCGGGCCUCCAGGCAGUGGAGUUGGUUGUCCACCUGGUGUGGAUCCUCAUUCUCAAAGAAGCUAUUUACCACCACCACAUGUUCCUGACUAUCAUGCAAGGAAUUUUUCAAGCAACGGUGCUGCCCCUGGUCCUAGAUUCUUUGUUGAACAAGAGAUAAUGUUCAGAAUGAUAUGUUUAAAUGACAUGGUGGGCGGCGUAAUUGGAAAAGGCGGUUCCACAAUCCGUGCAUUACAGAGUGAAACUGGUGCUUCAGUCAAGGUUAUAGACCCUGUUGCUGAUUCGGAUGAACGUAUAAUUGUGAUCUCUGCGCGUGAGAAUUCUGAGAUGAUGCAUUCUCCAUCUCAGGACGCAUUGAUUCGGGUAUAUUCUAAAAUCUCGGAGGCGUCUAUGGAUAAAAGUUCUUCUGUACCUGCCAGGCUUCUUGUUCCAGCGCAGCAUAUUGGUUGCCUACUUGGCAAAGGUGGAUCCAUAAUUGCAGAGAUGAGGAAGGUAACAGGAGCCAGCAUCCGAAUUUUUGGGAAUGAACAAAUUCCAAGAUGUGCACAACGAAAUGAAGAGCUGGUUCAGGUCACCGGUAGCUUUCAGUCCAUCCAAGAUGCAUUGCGUCAUAUCACUGGGAGGAUUAGAGAUCUCAUCAUUCCCCCGAAGCCACAUCCUAGUGGAGGCAUGCCUCCGUAUCCACCUGUUGGGAACCCUUCUCAUCAUCAAUCAAGACAAGAAGCUCCACCACAUCACAGUGGAGGCAUGCCUCCCUAUCCUAUGCAUCCUUUCAGACCUAAUCCUCCCAUGGGUCCUUUUGAUGUGGCAGAUCAUCGACCACCUGGCCCACCUCCUUCACAUCCAAUGGAACACAUGGGUGCUGAUAGGAUGCCCUACCCGUAUGGUUGUGAACAAGGAGGUCCUCGUCCUUUUGUUGAGCAGCCAUCACCAAGAACCUGGGCUCCUGAGGCACCAGCAACUGACGCUCCAAGAAGCAUGCCUGAUAUAGUACCAGCUGUAGAUUUCAGAAAGGGACCAGGGGCAAGCAGUGAAAACCAAGUGGCUACACCAGCAACUACAACAACUGAAGUUGUUAUUCCUUGCAAGUACAUAGGUUUUGUUUGUGGAGCCAAUGACAGUGACCUCGCUGAGAUAAAGAAGAUAUCCGGCGCUGAAAUUACAGUACAUGAUCCAAAGCCCGGAGAUACAAAUUCAACAGUUAUUAUAUGUGGAGACCCCGAACAAACGAAGAGGGCGCAGAGCCUGAUUCAUGCUUUCAUCUUUUGUGGUCUCUACCAGAAAUGACCCUGCAACAGUGGUGAUAUUUGCCAUCAUAGAACCAUGGAUCCUCCUCGGAGGUCUUCCACCUGGAGAGUUUUUGUUUUGUUUCCUUUCCCUGAGAGGUUGUGUGUACAUGUACAAUAGUGAUUGGGUUGUAUGUAGAUAGGAUUGAAUUGGUGGCUGGCUGGACACACAGACAGCGCCGUUGUAAGUUUCUUGAGUGGAUAGCUGGACGCAUGGCGCCAUUGUAAGUUGUUGAAUUUGAUGUAUGAACACAAAGUCAGCACCAUUGUAA